GAAAUAAAUAGAAUCAGUGCUUGUAAUUAAUAAAUACUGUCGUGUCAUUAAUUUUUAUUUUUAUCAUAUUCUCUUUUCUCGAGAAAAGUUCUAUUUUCUUUCAAUUCAUUAUACAGUGUUUUUAAAAGGAAUUUGAGAAAAUGUUUAAUUGAAAGCAUUGUGAAAUCAGAUCAUGACUAAAGUAAAUAAAGCGUGGGGGAAUGUCAUGGACAUUUCACUCUUGUCACCACACGCUUAUGAUCAUGUAAAAAGCUAAUAAGUGACACAGAAACUUUCAUUUUUACGAGUAGAGAGAAUGUCUGGACACGAGAAAGAAAUAAAAAUGACUCAAAAUAAGGGAAAUCAGAUGGUGCAAUUCCUUGCUGGUAUUGGUGCUUGCAACUUGAUGGUAGCGUGCGGAUCAUACCAGGCUUGGUCAUCACCAUCAUUACCCCACUUAACCAGCAAGGAAUCACCAUUUCCUGUAACUGACGACCAAGGUACUUGGAUUGUAACUUUAUUUCUCAUUGGCGACUUCCUCGGCAGCUUAUUCAACCCCCUCCUAAUCGACCGAAUAGGCCGCAAGUACACUCUACUGAUCUCAUCUCUUCUACUGCUAAUUGGUUGGCUCCUGAUAGUGCUGGCCGAGAACUACAUUUGGUUAUAUCUGGCAAGAUUUAUCGGUGGUGUCGGUCAAGGCAGUAUCUUUAAUUCUUUAGUGAUUUAUUUAGCGGAAAUAUCAGAGAAACAGAUCAGAGGAACCUUGAUUAACAUCAUGCGGGUAGGAAAGUACGUUGGUAUAUUUAUCUCAUCAUCGAUUGCCGCAUACUUACCGUACAGUAUCUUAAAUUUAUCCUCUAUUAUAUUGACUGUAAUUGUAGUUGUGAUUGUUCUUCUCCUACCCGAAACGCCGUAUUAUUAUUUAAUGAAAGGCGAAGACGAGAAAGCGAUCAAGUAUCUCAUGUUGUUGCGGGGUCUUUCGUCGCCGGAAAGUUUGCAUUUGGAGAUAAAGAAUAUGAAAAUGACAAUAGUGGAGGAUCAGAAGAAUAAUGGAUCGGGUUUUCGGGAAUUGUUUGUGAAAAAUUAUAAUAGAAAGGGACUGAUGAUUUUGACUUGUUUGAAAGUUACGCAAUUGUUGACUGGGUACGGGGCCAUUAUCUACUAUGCUCAAGAGAUACUCAGCCUCAGUGGUUCGACAAUUGAGGCUGGAGUGGGUGUGAUGAUUGUUACGGGAAUUCAGUUAUUAGCCAGUUUAGCAGCUAUUGUUGUGAUUGAUCGGAUUGAUAGACGGAAAUUACUUUUGUCCUCGGGCAUAGUGGAUGCUGUUUCUUUAACUAUUGUUGGACUUUUUUUCUUCUUGCAGACAUAUAAUCCCGAAUAUGCUACCUACAUUACUUGGCUACCACUUUUCGGUCUUGUUUUGUACCAAGUUGCCUUUGCCCUAGGUAUUGGAAUCAUACCCUACGUUCUUUUGGGCGAAUUAUUCUCGAUAAACGUCAAAGGCGCUGCGGUAGCCUCAGCUUUAGUUAUCGGAUCUGUUUUUAAUUUUGCCACAUCAGCUGGUUUUAAGAUUUUGAAUAAUGCGAUUGGAAUUUAUGCGACUUUUUGGUUGUUUGCGAUUAUUGCCAUUGUUGGUUCGGUUGUUACUUUUUGCAUCACGCCCGAAACUAGGGGUAUGACUUUGGAGGAAAUUCAGGCGAUGCAGAAUCCGAGGAUGAAAGUGACAUUGGAGAAAGGGAAAAAAGUUAAUUUAUUAGCGUAGGGAAGUAGAUAAUUUUCAAUUUUUAGAAAUUUAGUGCCGAACUGUUUGCUGUAUGAUGUGCCAUCGAAUAUGUGUAUAUUUUGAAAUUUUAGCCAAUUGUCUAAUUGUACAUUAACUAUUACAUUCCUGCGUGAUUAGUCGAUAUUUUAUGUAUUAUAGUGACAUUAUUUUUGACAUUCGGAAUCUAUAUGUAAAUUAUUAGAGAAAAAUAUUAUGCAUUGAAUUCAAUUAGCAUAAUUUACAUGUAAUUACUUUAAAAUACUGAUAAGGGAUUCUUGUAACUGAAAUAUACAUUUAUCACUUAAUUAAAA